CGAGUUCAAGCUCUUUGUCGUCUUUGGUAGGCACUUGCUCCGCCUCACCGAGGUACACAGCUCUCGCAAUCAUCAGCUUCUCCCACCUACUUCUUAUCUUUUCAGAUAGCCAUCGGUUCACCAAUGGCCGUCGCGUCAGAGAUUCUCGAGGUUAUAGUCUCUUCCUUAUUCACGGAUGUAAGCGGCGGCGGCGGUGUUGUGGUCAUAGGAAGAGCUGCUGAUUCCUCAGACGGAGAUAAUGCACCUGUUUGUCAAACUUGUGGCGACAUUGGUUUUGAAGAAGCACUUGUCUAUUGUGACUCUUGUAAGAUUGAGUCUAUUCACCGCUAUUGUAUAGGCAUAACACCGACUCCUUUUACGGAAUACAUAACUUGGAUUUGUGAGGACUGUGAUGCGAGUGACAGUGAUUCUGAUUGCAAUGAAGCACCUGUUUGUCAAACUUGUGGCGACAUUGGUUUUGAAGAAGCACUUGUCUUUUGUGACUCUUGUAAGAUUGAGUCUAUUCACCGCUAUUGUAUAGGCAUAACACCGACUCCUUUCACGGAAUACAUAACUUGGAUUUGUGAGGACUGUGAUGAGAGUAGUGACAGUGAUUCUUAUUGCAAUGAAGUUGAUCAGACUGCUAAGCUUACACAUAUCUUGAAGAAGAAGAAGAAGAAGAAGAAAAAGAAGAAGAAGAGGAGAAAUCGUACUCCACUGGUUUUAGCUGAGGACAAUGCUACCAAUGUUGAACCUGUGGAGGGUUCUUUUUCACCAAUUCAAGAAACAGUGGAAUCUAAGAGAGAAGAAAGCUCAGGUAGCAGAAAGCAUCAUGAUUUGACUGGUUUAGUUGGAGAUAGAGCAUCUGUUUCGGAGGCGGAUAAGUCAUCUAGUGUACCAGAUCAUAGCUCUUGUACCAGCAAAAUGAAAGAAGUUGAUCAGACUACUGAUCUUGGAGAUAUCUUGAAGAAGAAGAAGAAGAAGAAGAAGAAGAAAAAGAAAAAGAGCGGCGAUCAUUCGCCACCGGUUUUAGCUGUCGAGGAACAUGAGAUUCGGGAUACUACCAAUGUUGAACAUGUGGAGGUGUCUUCUUCUUCACCAACUAAAGAAAUGAUGGAGUCUAAGAGACAAGAAAGCUCAGAUAGUAGAAAACCUCAUGAAUUGACUGGUUUAGUUGGAGAUAGAGCAUCUGUUUCGGAGACCGCUAAUUCAUCUAGUGUGCCAGAUUAUAAUGCUUGUGUCACCAAAAGAAGAAAAUUAAGUUCUGGAAGCAUACCGGUUGAUGGAUAUAGACAGUUAGCUGAUGGGAAUAGUUCUUGCAAAGUGGCUGAAUCAAAUACGCCUCAAAAGACUGAGAGGUUGUCAUCUAGGCAUUAUAGAGCACAACCUAUCAAAAUACCGAUAUGGAGGGGAUUGAUGUCUGUUAAAGGAGGAAACAACUGUAUCAUGGAUGGAAUUGUUGCUCAUGUAUCAAGCUUAGCAUGCCCUAAAGUCCAUGAAACGGCGAGUUCAUUAAAGGGCUGCCUCUCUGCUGAAGUACUUCCCAGGUUGGAAGUAUGGCCAAAAACCUUUCUUAAGAAUGGAGGACCUAAGGAUGAAAGUAUUGCUCUUUUUUUCUUCCCUUCCAGUGAAAGUAAUGAUGAAAAGGUUUUCAAUUCCCUUGUUGAUAAAAUGAAGACGAAUGAUUCCGCGAUGAGAUGUGUGCUUAAUGAUGCAGAACUUCUACUGUUCACCUCUUAUAUGUUACCAAAAGAUUCUUGGACCCAGACAGACUUCUCGACAUUAGUCACUCUAGACUCGCUACCUUUAACAGUCUCUGAUUCAAGGUUAACACGAGAUGGAAGUAGGACUUGCAGGAUUCUCCUUCAACCUUUCUAAGUAUAUGUUAGUUCUUUUUCGGGUUUAACACAUAGCUGGGUUUUGUUGUCCGAUUGUUGAUAGUUAGCCAGAUGCUGUAUAGAAUCGAACCAACUUGGUAUCCUUGAUAGCGUAUCUUUGUCUUUUGGUGGAUUUGUGUGACCGAUAUCUAAAAUCUGCGGUCAUAUUAUAUGAUUCAUGCCACGUUUUGCCCCAACCUCAUAAUGUUUACCUUUAUUUCAAUAAAUUUCCUUAAAAAUA